CUGCCGCCGCGGCUAGCCCUGGCUACCGGCUGAGCACCCUCAUCGAAUUUCUACUGCACCGGGCCUACUCGGAGCUCAUGGUGUUGACGGAUCUACUGCCAAGGAAAUCUGAUGUGGAAAGGAAAAUAGAAAUAGUGCAAUUUGCUAGCCGGACACGUCAACUCUUUGUUCGAUUACUAGCUUUAGUAAAGUGGGCUAAUAAUGCUGGUAAAGUGGAAAAAUGUGCGAUGAUCUCGAGCUUUUUAGAUCAACAAGCCAUCUUGUUUGUGGACACUGCUGAUCGCCUGGCCUCAUUAGCUAGAGAUGCUCUGGUCCACGCACGCCUACCUAGUUUUGCCAUCCCAUAUGCCAUUGAUGUACUGACUACUGGGUCUUACCCACGGCUGCCAACUUGCAUUAGGGAUAAAAUUAUUCCUCCAGACCCAAUUACCAAAAUUGAGAAACAAGCCACACUUCACCAACUGAACCAGAUUCUUAGACAUCGACUUGUAACCACUGAUCUUCCUCCUCAGUUAGCAAAUCUUACAGUUGCAAAUGGCCGGGUGAAGUUUCGAGUUGAAGGAGAAUUUGAAGCCACCUUGACUGUAAUGGGAGAUGAUCCUGAUGUUCCAUGGCGUCUUCUCAAGCUAGAAAUUCUAGUAGAGGAUAAGGAAACAGGAGAUGGGCGAGCCUUGGUUCAUAGCAUGCAAAUCAACUUUAUCCAUCAGCUGGUGCAGUCUAGGCUCUUUGCUGAUGAGAAACCUCUUCAGGACAUGUACAACUGCCUACAUUCUUUCUGCUUAUCACUUCAGUUAGAAGUGCUACAUUCCCAAACUCUAAUGUUAAUCCGAGAGAGGUGGGGAGACCUUGUGCAGGUGGAGAGGUAUCAUCCUGGAAAGUGCCUCUCCCUCUCAGUUUGGAAUCAACAGGUUCUUGGGAGAAAAACAGGGACAGCAUCUGUUCACAAAGUUACAAUUAAAAUCGAUGAGAAUGAUGGUUCUAAGCCUUUACAGAUUUUUCAUGAUCCUCCUUUGCCAGCUUCUGAUUCCAAAUUAGUAGAAAGAGCCAUGAAGAUUGAUCACUUAUCAAUAGAAAAACUCCUGAUUGACAGCGUUCAUGCACGAGCUCAUCAGAAGCUCCAGGAACUGAAGACCAUUCUUAGAGGCUUCAAUGCAAAUGAAAACUCUUCCAUAGAGACUGCACUUCCAGCUCUUGUUGUUCCCAUCUUGGAGCCCUGUGGUAAUUCGGAGUGUCUGCACAUUUUUGUAGAUUUGCAUUCUGGAAUGUUCCAAUUGAUGCUUUAUGGACUUGACCAGGCCACUUUGGAUGACAUGGAGAAGUCUGUGAAUGAUGAUGUGAAACGGAUUAUUCCUUGGAUUCAACAACUUAAGUUUUGGCUUGGACAACAGCGUUGCAAACAAUCUAUAAAACAUCUGCCUACAAUAAGCACUGAAACAUUGCAGCUGUCCAAUUACUCAACUCAUCCUAUUGGAAAACUUUCUAAGAAUAAGCUGUUCAUUAAACUUACUCGUCUUCCACAGUACUACAUUGUUGUAGAGAUGUUAGAGGUUCCCAAUAAACCCACACAGCUGUCAUACAAGUACUACUUCAUGUCUGUGAGUGCUGGGGAGCGUGAAGACAGCCCUGUCAUGGCACUCGUGCUGCAGCAGUUCAAGGACAACGUCCAGGAAUUGAUCUUACGUACAAAAACCGGGAAACAGCCUAGAACCAGCACCAAGCGCAAGUUGUCUGAUGAUUUAUGUCCAGUAGAACCUAAGAAAACCAAACGAUCAGGAGAAAUGUGUGCCUUCAAUAAAAUUCUAGCUCACUUUGUUGCUGUGUGUGAUACAAAUAUGCCAUUUGUAGGACUUCAGUUGGAGUUGUCCAAUCUGGAGAUUCCACACCAAGGAGUGCAAAUGGAAGGUGAUGGCUUCAGCCAUGCAAUUCGCUUAUUGAAAAUUCCUCCCUGUAAGGGUGUAAAUGAGGAAACCCAGAAGGCUCUGGAACGCUCUCUCCUCGAUUGCACUUUCCGAUUGCAAGGUAGAAAUAAUCGCACGUGGGUGGCAGAGUUAGUGUUUGCAAAUUGUCCGCUUAAUGGCACUUCUACCAGGGAACAAGGACCAUCCCGGCAUGUUUAUCUAACAUAUGAAAACCUGUUGUCUGAACCCGUUGGUGGUAGAAAAGUGGUUGAGAUGUUCCUUAAUGACUGGAACAGCAUUGCACGAUUAUAUGAGUGUGUGUUGGAAUUUGCACGUUCUCUACCAGACAUACCUGCUCAUCUAAAUAUUUUCUCAGAAGUUCGUGUUUAUAAUUACCGAAAACUUAUCUUGUGUUACGGAACCACCAAGGGAAGCUCAAUUAGUAUCCAGUGGAAUUCCAUACAUCAGAAAUUUCACAUUUCUUUGGGAACUGUUGGUCCAAACUCAGGUUGCAGUAACUGUCACAAUACCAUUCUCCAUCAGCUUCAAGAAAUGUUCAACAAAACACCAAAUGUGGUUCAGUUAUUACAGGUACUGUUUGAUACUCAGGCUCCAUUAAAUGCCAUCAACAAACUCCCCACUGUGCCGAUGUUGGGCUUGACCCAGAGAACCAACACUGCCUACCAGUGCUUCUCCAUUCUGCCACAGUCGUCCACCCACAUCAGACUGGCCUUCAGGAACAUGUACUGCAUUGAUAUAUACUGCCGGAGUCGAGGCGUUGUGGCAAUACGGGAUGGUGCCUAUAGUCUUUUUGAUAAUAGCAAGUUAGUUGAAGGAUUUUAUCCUGCACCAGGACUAAAGACAUUCCUGAAUAUGUUUGUUGACAGCAAUCAGGAUGCUCGAAGAAGGUCUGUAAAUGAGGACGAUAACCCCCCUUCUCCCAUAGGAGGAGAUAUGAUGGAUUCUCUAAUCUCACAACUCCAGCCACCGCCACAGCAGCAGCCAUUUCCAAAGCAGCCAGGAUCAUCAGGCGCUUAUCCUCUUACUUCACCUCCUACAUCUUAUCAUAGCACAGUUAGUCCAUCUCCCUCUAUGAUGCACACACAGUCUCCAGGAAAUCUGCAUGCUGCCAGCUCCCCCAGUGGGGCUUUGAGAGCCCCAUCACCAGCGUCAUUUGUUCCAACUCCUCCCCCAUCCUCGCAUGGACUCUCAAUAGGACCAGGGGCCAGUUUUGCUAGUCCACAUGGAACUCUGGACCCCAGUUCUCCAUACACUAUGGUGUCACCAAGUGGACGAGCAGGGAACUGGCCAGGGUCUCCUCAAGUGUCUGGCCCCUCACCAGCAACACGGUUACCUGGAAUGUCACCAGCCAACCCAUCACUACAUUCUCCAGUUCCAGAUGCUUCUCAUUCCCCUAGAGCUGGAACAAGUUCUCAAACGAUGCCAACAAACAUGCCCCCACCUCGUAAACUACCUCAGCGCUCCUGGGCAGCCUCCAUACCCACCAUCCUCACUCACAGUGCCUUGAACAUUUUACUGCUGCCCUCUCCAACACCAGGCCUCGUGCCUGGCCUGGCAGGUAGUUACCUUUGUUCUCCGCUUGAAAGAUUCCUUGGAUCGGUCAUCAUGAGAAGACACCUUCAAAGAAUUAUUCAACAGGAAACGCUACAAUUGAUAAAUUCCAAUGAACCUGGGGUGAUCAUGUUUAAGACGGAUGCGCUGAAAUGCAGAGUAGCCCUUAGUCCCAAAACCAACCAAACACUUCAGCUAAAAGUGACACCUGAGAAUGCAGGACAGUGGAAACCUGAUGAACUUCAAGUUUUGGAGAAAUUCUUUGAAACAAGAGUUGCGGGACCGCCAUUUAAAGCCAAUACAUUAAUAGCCUUCACCAAGCUAUUAGGAGCUCCUACACACAUCCUCAGGGACUGUGUGCAUAUUAUGAAGCUAGAGCUGUUUCCUGACCAGGCAACACAGCUAAAAUGGAAUGUUCAGUUUUGCCUGACGAUCCCUCCCAGCGCACCGCCCAUUGCACCUCCUGGGACUCCUGCUGUGGUGCUGAAAUCCAAAAUGCUAUUUUUUCUUCAACUAACUCAGAAAACAUCAGUCCCUCCCCAAGAACCUGUUAGUAUUAUAGUUCCAAUCAUUUAUGACAUGGCUUCAGGUACAACCCAGCAGGCAGACAUUCCCAGACAGCAGAACUCUUCUGUUGCUGCUCCCAUGAUGGUCAGCAACAUUCUGAAGAGGUUUGCAGAGAUGAACCCACCACGACAAGGUGAAUGCACAAUAUAUGCAGCUGUUCGUGAUUUAAUGGCUAAUCUUACACUGCCCCCUGGUGGGCGACAAUAGACACUAUUGUUUUUAACCAGGAAGGCUGACAAAUGAGACAAAACAACAAAAGUCUGAAUUCAGCCUUCAGUUUAAAAAGGAAAAUGACUU